UGGGCCAUAAAGUGGCUGCUGAAGCAGGAAAGGCGCUUAAUGUUCAGAGCAGUGGGCCACCAGGACCCAGGUGGAGGACCACUGCUGUAGCAGUGAAGUGGGCCUUAGAUGGAAGUGAGAGACGCCGUUGCCGCUUCGCAUUAAACAGUUUAAAGGAAGUGGUCUCUGACAUUUUACAGCCGAAAUUAUCUUGUUAAAAAGGGAAGGAGGAAGCAGCUACCAAGUCAAACUGAGAGUCGGCCUGUUGCCUUCCACACACUGUACUGGCUGAGCCUGUCGGGGUUAGAGCUAGGCCUGGCUGGAGGCCACCUGUAGUCCGACUUUAAUCCACUGCGCAAAUUGGAGUGAAAUAAUCCAGGAUUGUGAGUCUCUUAAGCGUGGUGCAGAUUUUAAUGACAGAAAUGAUCCUUCACCUUGUCUUUCUCUCCAUUGCCCUGCUUGAUGCUGCCGUUGGCUAUCGUCCAGUCAUCAUCAUCCAUGGGCUGUUUGAUGGGCCCAAGCAGUUCACCAAUCUGGCGAGUUUUAUCAGCCAGACCCACCCAGGUACCAAUGUGACCACAGUAGAUCUGUACGACGAUAUGGCCAGCCUCAAACCCUUGUGGGAUCAGGUCAAGGGCUUUAAGGCAGCCGUGGGGCAGAUGAUGGAGAACGCCACAGAUGGAGUCCACCUCAUUUGCUUCUCACAAGGUGGUUUGGUUUGCCGAGGAGUUCUUGCCACUAUUCCCAAACACAAUGUCCAUUCGCUCAUCUUUCUCUCAUCACCGCUGGCUGGCCAGUAUGGAGAUACAUCUUACUUCAAGUAUUUCUUCCCAAAAUAUAUUAAGACAAAGAUUUAUCACCUGUGCUAUACCCUCUUUGGACAAAAGAUCUCAAUCUGCAACUUCUGGAAUGAUCCACAUCAGAGAGAGAGAUACUUGAAGACCAACAAUUAUCUUGCCCUUUUGAAUGGCGAGCGUGAACAUCCUAAUUUAACACAGUGGCGAAAACGCUUCGUGAGCAUUAAGAAGUUGGUGCUGAUUGGAGGACCAGACGAUGGUGUCAUUACACCCUGGCAGUCGAGUUUCUAUGGCUUCUACGACAGCAAUGAAACGGUGGUUGAAAUGAAAGCAGAGGAUUGGUACCUAAAGGAUGCGUUUGGCCUGAAAACUCUGGAUUCCAGAGGAGACCUGGUCCAGUGUAUGUUCUCUGGCGUCCAUCACACCUCCUGGCAUUUGAAUUAUACUGUGUACAAAGACUGCAUAGAGGAGUGGUUGACAUGAGCUAUCUAAACUUUAUACGCACACUGCCACAGAUUUAGACGUUUACAGCUUGCAGCCUUUCAUUCAUAGUUUUUUUUUUUUUUUUUUUUUUUUUUAAUUAAACAAAUUGUGCUGGUGCAUUUAUGAAUAUAAUGUAGUUACUUUGUCCUGCACAGUUGUAGGUGUUCUCUGCCUCCAAGAAACCUGAUCCUCUUCCAAAAAAUGUUAAAAUUUGUUGAUGAGCUGGAUAGGGGAAUAGUUAUAAUUGUGCAAGACUGUGGAUGCACAGCAAUCGGAUACAAAUAAAAUCUAUUAAUUGUAUUAAAUUUAUUAAAAAACUAUUAAUUGAACUUUGAUCAUAUAAUGGUUUAAUAUAAUGUUGCAAAAUAGUUCAAAAUAAAAUAAACCUAUGUAAAUGUA